UGCAAAUUUCUCUCAUCGAUUUCUGACGUUAUUAAUUCUGGCGGGCAUAGAUUUGUGCGCUGAUACAUAAGUGAUUCGGUUGGUUAUUUGUUAGCGGCCAAGAUAAGUUAUCUGGCUUCAUCUGUGCGCGCAACAGCUGAGAGGAGUCCUGAUAGGAGAGGAGUCACCAUGGCUUAUUGCGGCCCCGAGAGUUACGGCAGUGGACACCACCAGGAGAGCAUCCAUCCUGCAGUGCCCGCAGGCUACGAGCACCAACACUACCCGUACGAACUGUCGAGUUACCCUGAGAUCCCUACGACGUGUGACACCAUGCCAGUGUUCGACACGUCCAUGAUCAGUCCGAGCGGAACAGAGAAUGUCGCGCCGGGGAUGACAUACGGCGGAUUAUACCGGCCCGAAAUGGGCGCGAACUCGUGGAUAGGAUACGGGGCGCCGGGAGGACCACCCUUCCUAUCGCUAGCCCAUCAAAACACUUUACUACAGUCCAACAGGGGUCGGGGACAGCAGGUUGGACCAAACGGAAAACCGAAACGAAGACGUGUUGCAACCAUCGCACAGCGACGGGCGGCCAACAUCAGAGAGAGGCGGCGUAUGUUCAACCUGAACGAAUCGUUUGACAGUCUUAGGAAGAAAGUGCCAACAUUCGCCUACGAGAAACGUCUCUCCAGGAUCGAAACUCUCAGGUUAGCUAUCACUUAUAUCUCUUUUCUUGCCGACGUCGUGGACGGGAAAGACCCCGAUGAUGUUAAGCUACUGUCACCGAAAGGUCCGGGCUGGGCGGCGUUCAAGCGGAUGGCUGCGCAGGCCGGUGGUGACUCGCCGGAAGAGGACAUCGACAUGUCGGAUCUGGACCGGAGUGGAUCCGUCUAAAUCACAUUGUGCUUAAUAUAAACAACAGUGCGAUAAUCUUCAAGUUAUGGUGAACAUUUCAUAGCCACGACGGCACGAACUGAGCGAAUUCAUUUUCGAGGAGAAUGAAUAGGUUCCGAAUUCGCGAAAGACUUGAUUCGACAUUGCAACUGCUCGUCUUCCAAUCGACUUGUGUAGAGCUGGCAUAAUAUUAUACGGUACAAAUGGUGCUUUAAACAUUGUUUCCAUGAUUAUAAAGUUGGCGAAUUGUCGGCAGAAUUCGUACGCAGAGAUAAACAUUUGUGGGAAAUGUUGCCAGGAAAGUUAGAUGUAUCUCGCGACGGCCAGAAACUAAACUCUCAUACAGCUGGAAUACCAAAGAACUCUUAAUAGCCAUUUUACGUCUUCCAAAAUGCUUCCAAAGUGUUUAUUUAUCUUUUAUUUAUUAACUAUUACAUGAAUGGAACUUGUGUCUGACGAUUCUCGCACUCAUAAACUCUGAAUUGAUAUUAAUUUUCGAGAGAAAAUUCGUCAGUUAUCGUUUAUUUUCGAUUUGAAUUAUUCGGCUAUACAUGAACAUUAGCAUUUAUCGGUUUUACUAUUCUUCAUCUAACAUUUCAAACAGAAAUCUCAGUGCAUUUAGUCGUGUUUAGAACACUUUCCGACCAGACCGCAUUUAUCUCAUCUCACUUCUCGACUUCCCUGGACGCUGGUUCAUAGGCUCCGCGGUGAAAUUGUACUUAAUUUUAACUUAUCUAAUUUAUUCGACAAUGUUUUGCAUAGUGUGAGCUUGAAGCGUCCAUUGACGACAUGAACAGGCGCUUAAACAGGCGAAAAGAUUCUUCAUUUACGAGUUUAAGUAGGACUGGUGCAGUGGUGCAGUGUCUUUCUCUUUAUUGGACAUCUCUGACACCUUUCGUGGCCAGGCCAUCUGGAACACUCGAAUGGAUGGUUUCUCUAAUGGAUGGUUUCUCUAAAGAACAUUCGAUAACAGCAGUGACACAUGAGAAACAGUCUGUCUACCGUUCAUAGUCUCCAUCCUUCACACGGAUUCACCACAUCUGCGACUUGCGGCCGGCGUUGAACGAAUUAUGCAUGACUUGGUGUUUGAUUGGUAAGAAACUCGAACAUUUAAGUUUGCAUGGUAAAAUUUGGUAAAGAAACUCUUAAAAGUGGCGUUUUCUUAAUACAAUUUGGUAGAAAGAAACACUAGAAUUCGCGUUUUCUUGGUGAAAUUUUGUUAAGAAACCUUUUGAAUUUUGGCGUUUUCUUGGUAAAAUUUGAAAGUGGCGUCUGCCUGGUAAAAUCUGGUUAAAAAGUCACCCCUUGAAAUUGGCGAGUUGGUAAAAUUUGGUUAAGAGACUCGUUGAGGUUGGCGUUUUCUUUGUAAAAUUUGGCAGCAGCGGUGUUCUCUAUAAUGUCACAUGUUAUGAUCGUACUCUCUUUAAGGUUUUACCUUUGCUUUAACCAAUUUAAAAAAAUGCGGUUGGCUUUUUUUUGCCAGUUUAUUUUGUGAACAAACGCGAUACGUUUCUCUGGAGUUACCUUCUCCUGUAUCGAUGUGCAUCAAAAAAAUUAAAGUCAGAUUCGUUUGUUAAAAAUUUGACAUCUGAACUUUUUUCUGUUUCUGAUCAUGAGAUAUUCCAGUUAUAAAAACACGAACUUUAGGCCAAAGUCCAACGAUGCUGCUGUAAAGAAUACAAAUUCUAUGCAUGCCAAGUUUCAUCACAUUUACGUGCACUUCAGAUAUUGGGAUAUUCUUGCAUUUUUUGACAUUUAUUUCCCAUUAUCUUUGCCCCGUGGGUCUCAUAUUGCACAGACGUGAAGUUCAAGUGGGUAUUGUGUAACCGGCAUGAACCAGACAACAUUUCAUUAUACCUCCACACAGCACCAACAGUAUCGAACAGAAUUUGUAAAAAUCGCACGUGUUUCGCCCCGGAGGCGUUUGGCUUUCCUACGGAACAAUCCGUCUCGUGUCGGCCAUUGUUGGUCGGUUUUGUUGAUUAUUGGUUGGUUCUGAUCAUUGGCAAAGUCACCCUGUCACCUGCUUUGGCAGAUUUCAGGUAAAAGUCAAGCGCCGACCCAUGUUGCUGGUGUCUAUUCAUAUUGCUGUUAGAGGCAAGCGGGAUCAAGUCUGUUGUCAAUAUUGCCCCGUAAAGCCCCCCGCCCACUCUUUGAAAUAGUCAGUCCUGGUGUAUUUUUCACCAAUUUUUUUCUCGUAAUAUUUUCAUUCUGAUUUUGAUGAGAGUAUUUUUUCGACCUAUCAUCAAUUAUGACAACAUACAAUAUUACCUGCAUGUGAGCUUAACAUGCUAUUUACUGAAACGCCUCCUGGAUUUUUAUCUUUAUUUUGCCAAUUAUAAUACAUAGCAGUUACAGAAAGACUUUCACAACAGGUUUCUGUCCCGAGAAAUAACAUUGUGCGUCAAUUCAAAGUACAUAUACAUGAAUCACCAAAAUCCAACAAUGUAAGUUGACUUUAAUGUCAACACAGUAACGCUGACAGUAAACAGUGUCCCCCGUCAGACGACAGCAACGAGUGAUGCCAGAGCAUGCACCCCAGGGAAACUUGACACAAUGCGUCUUAAGUGUGAUCCCCACUCUGAGUGACAACAGUCAAAGACCCCCUCGGCCGCCCCCUGCUGGGCAUCAGUGCUAACUGGACCCUUGCUGUGCAUUGGGCUAGACCGAUUAUAAGCCAAUUGAAUUUAACGUGGAGUUCCCUGCUCAUUAUUGUAACUUGGUCAUUUUGUUGUCCAGUUCAAUCAGUGUAGCGGCCUAAUUUUCAAUGUCAGAUAUUGGCCAUAACCUUUCUUGACCUUCUCUUCUUACUUUUGCUUGAAACGAAAAACUGACACCUUUUUGUAAUGGUACUUGUGUAAGUGUAGGUGUUUCCGAUCGUGCAUUUUCCAUUGCUUUGUAUUGGGACAAACACUGAAAAAACGGACGGGUUAUUGCUUUAAAUACCUUUUUAUACGUUUUUCGGUCAGCUUGAAAUAUACGCACGGCAGAGGUUUUUCGGUGACGCGUAAAGCCUCUAAUGGUAUUGAGAUUGUGAAAAACGUCUAAGCGUUUUGUACUUUGCUGAAAAAAGCUUUUUUCUAACGGUGAAACUUGUGUGUGCUCGGCUUCAAUGUCAUGUUUAAUACUACUUAUUCUGUCAGUAAUCAUUGUCAGUGAUUAUCCCAUGGUUGAUUGAAGAGAACACUGGGAUAUGGGGAACACCGUGGAGAACAUUACACUGCACCAAACGGGGUUGGUUUCUGAAGCUGGCGUGUUUAGAAUAACGUCUUUUCAUUACGGCAGUCAUCGUCACAAAGUUAUGGCAAAUUUAUGCAACAAAUCAACCGAAAAUAAUACGAAAAUAAUUGUAACAUGAUAAAGCUGUCAGCAUCAGCGAGCCGCCGAUACGAAUCGGAAUAAUCAAGGCGUUUGUUUAAUCGUCUGGAAGAGGCUGUGUUCAUCCGGGUCAUUACCACAUAGGUCACGUGACAAGAUGGCAGCCGUAAGAGAAACAUGACAUACGACAUUGGUAAUUAUGUUUAAAUUUGGUCGGGAGCGACACUUUAUUAACUUUCCGGGUUAGUGGCUACGAGCGUUAUGGUUGUGGCCAUCUUUGAAGCCUCCUUCUCAUUUCCAUAACGUGUCAGUGAUGGCUGCCAUCUGUGGGAAGUAGUCAAGGGGAACAAAAUAGGUUAAUCAGUAGUAGAGGCUGUUUCAAAACCAAGGCUAUUUCUAUAUGUUAACAUAAUAAUCAUCCGCUCAUGUUUUCAGUGAGGAGAUGUCCAAGCGCCUUUCAACACAAUUUGGUACAAGGUGUUUUUCCAGCGCUUUCAUUAAGUUUCGAACACUUAAUUGUGAACUUUUCCUGGUAAAAGGUACAUGUUCUUUGUAUAGUUUGUAUAUCUUGAGAAACACAAAUGAAAAUGAUGUAAAACAGGGGAAAUCAGCAGGACCAUUUGUGGCGCAUGCGCACUUAUUAUUUGAGGUUAAAGUUCAUGAAAUAGCAUCGCAAUGAGAGGUUAUUUAUUUGCAAUUACUUAGUUUAUCGACAAAUGAAAAUAGGCAUAAUAUAUAAAGUUAUAAUUUUUUUUAGGAAACGGUGAUUUUCACAUUUGUUUAGACUUGCAUUCUGUCUUCGAAUGUGUAACGUUCAUUUCACACCGACUAGACGUGAAGUGCGUGUACAUGGCCACUAUUCAUUAUACACGUGUUUCUGUUCUAGUUGGUGUGAAAGGUGUCUGCUAGCUAUGACGCGUAUUUAUACAGAGGUUGCAUUUAUUGCUAAAUCACUAUUUAUAAGUCAUGAUUUUUGAAAAUAAAACAAUGAUAAGUUGAA